AUGGUGGACACGGGUGUUGGCGUAUUAGGACCUGCUGAUAGUUGGUCAUCCACCGAAGUCAGAUCUGUUGUGCAUAAUCACAUGUGGACAAUUCGAGGUUUUAGUCAUUGUGAAUGUCGAUAUUUGGAAACUUCCGCAAAAAUACGUGAUACUACAGCUAAUCAAAGCGUUGCCACAACGUCCAGUAGCGAUUCAUCAGUUUUAACAUUCCGAAUUCGCUUGCAUCCUCAGGGAAAUAAAGAAUCUAAUAAGGACUUCACUUUCUUCCAGUGCUUCUGCCAUAACCCAUCUCAACAUUUAAGGUCCAAAUAUAAAUUUACUGUUUUUAAUUCACGAGGAGAAGAAAUAGCAACUACAGUUUAUACGGGAACACAGCAGCUUCAUGGAUACUUUGAGUAUAUCAGAAGAGAUUUACUUGUCUCACAUAUUCUUCCUCAAGAUGAGCUUCAAAUAAACUUAGAACUCACAAUCACUUUCGACACCAUCACCCGAACUAGUCAAUCGUCUAAAUUAAGCGUUAUGCCAGCUCCGAAAAUAGAAGAGGUUUGUAAAGAUCUAGAAGAUAUCUAUGUCGAUACUAAGCUGUGGGAUUUUACUAUUUGUAUUGGUGAUAGAAAAAUUUUAGCUCAUAAGGUUAUUCUAUCCGCUAGAUCUCCUGUUUUCGCCGCCAUGCUGGAACCCCAUACAGAAGAAGCCCGAUCGAACACUUGCAUAAUAAAGGACAUUGAUUAUGACGUCAUGAACGAGUUAAUGCUUUUCCUCUAUUCUGGCCGAGCUCCCAGUAUAGGCUCAAUGAGUUUAGAAUUACUUUCUGCUGCAGAUCGAUUCCAGGUUCAUGGCUUGAAAAUGAUGGCUGAUCAUGUUUUACGUAAUAAUUUGACUCCCGAAAGCUGUUGUAGACACUUAGCUUAUGCCGAUCUUUAUAGCUCGCAUGACUUAAGAGCCGAAGCCAUUCGGUACAUUACUCAGAACGCUCCUCAGGUUGUGAAGACUGAAGGUUGGACCUUUUUAAGUCAAAACCAUCCUGAUUUAGUCACAGAAUUGUUUGUCAAAAUGGCCGAGAAGAAUGUUCAUGUAGUGUCCGCUUCCAGCUCGAUAAGUUUUGGAGCUGGAGAGCCUGCGGUGAAAAGAGUUCGUGCGAGUGAACCUCCAUCAUCUGAAUAG